AUGGCGGGUGCAAUUGCUUCAAGAAUGAGCUUCUCUUCCCUAAAGAGGAAACAGCCCAAAACAUUCACUGUUCAUAUCAUUACAAUGGAUGCAGAGAUGGAAUUUAACUGUGAGGUAAAGUGGAAAGGAAAAGAUCUGUUUGAUUUGGUAUGUCGAACAUUGGGCCUUCGCGAAACUUGGUUUUUUGGACUUCAGUAUACUAUUAAAGAUACCAUAGCGUGGCUUAAAAUGGAUAAAAAGGUACUGGAUCAUGAUGUCCCAAAAGAAGAACCUGUUACGUUCCACUUUUUAGCCAAAUUUUACCCUGAAAAUGUUGAGGAAGAACUUGUACAGGAGAUUACACAGCAUCUGUUCUUCCUACAGGUUAAAAAGCAAAUAUUGGAAGAGAAAAUCUAUUGCCCUCCAGAAGCAUCUGUACUGUUAGCAUCAUAUGCAGUGCAAGCAAAGUAUGGAGAUUAUGAUGCGUCUGUACACAAACGUGGGUUCUUAGCAGAAGAGGAGCUACUUCCUAAGAGGGUAAUUAACCUGUAUCAGAUGACUCCAGAAAUGUGGGAGGAGAGGAUCACUGCCUGGUAUGCAGAGCAUCGUGGACGGACCAGAGAUGAAGCUGAGAUGGAAUACCUGAAAAUAGCACAAGACCUAGAGAUGUAUGGAGUAAAUUACUUCCUUAUAAGGAACAAAAAAGGCACAGAGUUACUUCUUGGAGUAGAUGCCCUUGGACUGCAUAUUUAUGAUCCUGAAAACAGGCUUACCCCUAAAACUUCCUUCCCUUGGAAUGAAAUCCGGAAUAUCUCUUACAGUGACAAAGAGUUCACUAUCAAGCCACUUGAUAAGAAAAUUGAUGUCUUCAAGUUCAACUCCUCUAAACUCCGGGUCAACAAGCUGAUUCUACAACUGUGCAUUGGGAACCAUGAUUUGUUUAUGCGGAGAAGAAAAGCAGACUCCCUUGAAGUGCAGCAAAUGAAAGCUCAGGCCAGGGAAGAGAAAGCCAGAAAACAGAUGGAGCGUCAGAGGCUGGCACGAGAAAAGCAAUUGAGAGAGAGAGGCCGAGAGGGCACGUGAUGAGCUUGAAAGAAGACUCUUGCAGCUGAAGGAAGAGGCACAAAUGGCCAAUGAUGCUUUGAUGAGGUCUGAAGAAACAGCAGAUUUGCUAGCGGAAAAAGCUCAGAUCACAGAGGAAGAAGCUAAACUGCUUGCCCAGAAAGCAGCUGAGGCAGAGCAGGAGAUGCAGAGGAUUAAAGCUACAGCCAUUCGCGGUGAAGAAGAAAAGAGACUCAUGGAACAGAAAGUGCUAGAAACAGAGAUGUUGGCACUCAAGAUGGCAGAAGAGUCUGAAAGAAGGGCAAAAGAAGCAGAGCAGUUGAAGCAAGAUUUACAGGAAGCCCGGGAAUCUGAACGCAGAGCCAAACAAAAGCUAAUAGAAAUCACCAGCAAAGCAGCCUAUGCGCAAGCAGCAGGUACCAGCAGUAGCUCUGUGCCCCCUGUAGAUGUGCCAAGCUUCAGCCUGCUCAGUGACAGUCUGCCCUACGAUUUCAAGGACACAGAUAUGAAACGCCUGUCCAUGGAAAUCGAGAAAGAAAAGGUAGAGUACAUGGAAAAGAGCCGCCACCUGCAAGAACAGCUGAAUGAGCUGAAAACAGAAAUCGAGUCCCUUAAGUUAAAGGAGCGAGAGAGCGCGAUGGAUAUAAUGCAUGAGAGUGCAGGAAGCAAGCAAAAUACAAUCAAAAAGGGGAGGAGAGCUGUCUGCAUCUGA